AUGGGCACUGGCAUCGCAAUCGUCGCUGCAGCCCAUGCGCGCUUGGAGGUUGUUGGAAUGGACGCGUUUCCUGCCAGUCUGGAGCGGAGCCAAGCGUUCAUUCACGAAUGGGCCAAGAAGGAGGCAAAUAAAGGGCGCAUGUCGGAGUCUGAGGCCGAAGACUUUCGAAAGCGUUUCAGCUUCGUUAACCUCGCAGACACCUCCGCCUUGUCGAAUGCCAUCUCCAAAGCGGAGUUUGUCAUCGAGGCCGUCAGCGAAGACUUUGACACCAAGCAGUCCUGCUUCGCUGCCCUGCAGGCAGCUGGACUUUCAGAAGAAAGUAUUCUGGCAAGCAAUACCUCUUCUAUUUCAAUCACGAAGCUCGCCGCGAAGGUUCCCAGGCCUGAGAGGGUCAUCGGCAUGCACUUUAUGAACCCCGUCCCCGUGAUGCCACUGGUUGAGGUCAUUCGAGGCUUAAGAACAGACGACGGAACGCUGGACACAACUCUCCAGCUUUGCCGGGCAAUGAAGAAGGAGCACUCAACCAGCGCAGAUCGUCCAGGUUUCAUAGCCAACCGCAUCCUGAUGCCGUACAUCAACGAGGCGGUCUUCGCUCUCCAAGAAAACAUUGGUUCUGCUGAGGACAUUGACAAGACGUUGAAGCUUGGCACGAAUGUGCCAAUGGGUCCUCUGACACUUGCGGACUUCAUCGGCCUGGAUACCUGCCUCAGCAUCAUGCAGGUCUUGCACAGAGAUUUGGGUGAUUCCAAGUACCGUCCAGCUCCACUUCUGGUCAACUAUGUUGAAGCUGGAUGGCUUGGAAAGAAGACGAAGCGCGGCUUCUACGACUACAGAUAA